CAGGUGCUCGUUAUGGAGGAACGGGUCGCCGACAGACAGUGCCGAGACAAUGGAUAUGAUGUACGGCAAGCACCCGUGCUGCUGUCCGCUGACCAACAUCCUCGAAAAGCGCGGAGAGAGCGGAAACAAAGCCAUCAUACGCCCCAGGUCGGUGAUUUGCCCAUCGUUCUUGGCGUUUCCUUCUGCAAGGGCUCCAAGGUGGGUCAGUAUGUUCUCGGCCUUGGCGAGUGUGGUCCGGUCCGGGGACGUGGGGAAAGGAAAGUUGACGACAGAAUCAAUGUGCAUGCUUUUCAUCUGGAGAACGACGCCUUCGAUGGGCAUCCGCGCGAUUUCCGGCUGAGCGAACUGGUCGAAGUGAUGCUCGAAGAGCGCGGACGAGAAUAGCCGAUAGCAGUGGCCAGGGCCCGUUCGGCCUGCUCGGCCCGCUCGCUGGGCAGCAGAUGCCUUGGAGAUCCAGCCCACCUGGAAGGCCUGAAUGCCAUUGGCGACAUCGUACCUCCGCUGAUUUGGCCGUCAGUUGAUUGCGCUGUACGCUUGGCAGUCUGCAUUACCUCUUUCGCUCGCCCGCAGUCCACGACAUAGCGAAUCCCCGGAAUGGUGAGCGAUGUCUCGGCUACGUUGGUCGAGACCACUACAAGCCGACUGCCCUCUGGAGGAGGCUGGAAGACCUGCAUCUGUUUCUCGCUCGGCAGAAGCGAGUACAGAGGCACGACGUGCAUCGGCACAUCGCAGCCGUUUGAGUCGAGCCCAAGCUCUUUGUCCAACUGGUGUUCUUCGCUUUCUUCCUCGUCGGUAUCCAGUGCUUCAGGAUCAUCCUCGCCCAUUCCGUCAUCCACGUCGAGGGCCAGUUCACCAGAUCCAAGUUCAACAUCUUCGGCCUCGACGUCGGCUGCAUCCUGUGCUUUCGUCCUGUUCUCUCACCCGCCGCUUCCUCUCCAGAGCCUUGGCACCGAACUUGGCCUCCAGCUGUCGGCAAACUCCAGUGAUCUCAUUUUGUCCGGUCAGAAAGACCAAAAUGCCGCCAGGCGGCAGACGCGUGUGGAUUUUGGUCGCUUUCUUGACAGCCUCCGUGACGUAGUCACCGACGGUCCGCCGGCUGAAAUGAACCGUUACUGGGUGCUGACGGGCCUCGACGACGAUGAGAGGUGGAGGGGCUGGGAAGAGCGUCUUGUUCUGUACAAAGUCGUUCGUUCGUAACGUCGCUGACAUGAUGACUAGCCGCAGAGGCUGUUUCCUUCU